CUGUGUUUGCAGACCCCAAAGGGAGAGAGUGGAGGGGGGGUAUCCAUAUCCGCAUAGCCAUCCAUUUCCUGUACCGCUUAUCCUCAUGAGGGUCGCGGGCAUGCUGGAGCCUAUCCCAGCUGUCUUCGGGCGAGAGGCGAGGUACACCCUGGACUGGUCGCCAGCCAAUCACAGGGCACAUAUAGACAAACAACCAUUCACACUCACAUUCAUACCUAUGGACAAUUUGGAGUCACCAAUUAACCUAGCAUGUUUUUGGAAUGUGGGAGGAAACCCACGUCUCCUAGUUCUUUGGCCUGCGUGCUAACCUCAUACACCAUGCAGCCGUUAAUAUAAAUGUGGAUGAUAUUGAAAAAGUGAUUUAUAAAAAGAUUUUGUUUUAAAAACAUUGGAAAAACAUUUCCAAAAACGGGAAAAUAACUUGUAUUCAGGGUGGCCUAUAUUCGGGUCAAUAUGGUAAUCAGAAAGGACAGGUGUGGACUGUUUCUGGAAAAUUUGCGCACAUUUUCCUUUUAAGUAAAUCAUUAAAUUGUUUCUCCUUAAUGAAGAAUCUCCGAAGUCCAAACACUAGUCUUCCUGAUUAUAAGGUCUGAUUUCAAACUUUUUGAGUGUAAUGAUUUUUUUUAGCUUUAUUGGAACAAUUAGUUUAAUUGCAUUUUUAUUCAUUUAUUUUCUAUGCCGCUUGUCCUCAUUAAGGUCGCGGGUGCACAUCGUUGUGUUUUUUAAAUAAAAUGCAAUCACUGACAAUUACAAAAAUGAAAACUGUGCAUGAUAUUUAUCAACAAUAAAUGGAUUUCAAUGGAUUAAGAUUAUAUUUAUUCUCUUUGUUUAACCACUGAUGGCAAAGCUCGACCCUGUACAAUAAUAAUGUAUAAGUGGUAAUCAGAUCUCAGUCAAGUGGAAAAUUACCAACACAGCUCACUGAUGCUGAGUUAUAAUAAAUGGUAUCAUGUUCUCAGAACAGGGUGGCAAAAGGAGGAAUCUACAGAAAUCCCCAAGCCACAAGUUUACUUUUGACGCUCCCUUCAAGGAUUAUUGUCGCGGGCAGGAACAUUAAAGCCAGCCUGUCAGCUAGGUCAAACCAUUUCUUGUAAAUGCUCCCAGUUAAGAGAACUACACUUCCGUAAUGGGCGGAGCCUGACGUAGCUUGGAUGCCGUCGAUUGGUGAGCGUGGACAUGCAGUCGUCAUACCAUUCAAGACAAGGCGACAAUAAACCAGAUAGGGUCGCUUGUUGGAAUCAGUUCAAACAUCUGACAGCUACAUCAACAUCUCAUUUUGUCCCAAACACGAUGGCGAACUCAGGAGGUCGGAGACUGAAGCAGUGGCUGAUGGAGCAGAUCCAGAGUGGACAGUACUCUGGACUCCUGUGGGAGGAUGAAAGUCGAACCAUGUUCCGAAUUCCAUGGAAACACGCAGGGAAACAAGAUUACAACCAAGACGUAGACGCAUCCAUCUUUAAGGCAUGGGCCGUGUUUAAAGGCAAAUUUAAGGAGGGCGACAAGGCAGAACCAGCGACUUGGAAGACCAGGCUGCGUUGUGCGCUAAAUAAAAGUCCCGACUUUGAAGAGGUGACAGAAAGGUCUCAGCUGGACAUCUCUGAACCAUACAAAGUCUACCGAAUCGUACCUGAAGACGAGCAGAAACAUGGAAGAAGUUCUGUGGUGGUGGUGGCUGCUGCCAGCAGCUCUGGCGACAUGACCGACAUGGACUGCAGCCCUACAGGCAUAGACGGACUCAUUAAAGAGGAAGAAGGCUGCAGCAUUCAGACCAGCCCGGAGUACUGGCCCCAGACCAGUGUCAGUGCUUUCUCCCUGCAUCAGGACCCGUUACCAUCUGGCACUCUAUGCUCAGCCUUCUCCCAAAUGAUGAUCGACUUCUACUACGGAGGAAAGCUGAUGAGCAACACGCUGGUGACACAUCCCGAAGGCUGUCGCAUCUCCCCGUGCCAGCAGCACCCGGGUCGCGGCGCCCCAUACAGCUCCGACAGCAUGCAGAGCGUUUACUUCCCAUCCGCCGAGCUCAUCGACUAUGAACGACAGCGUCAUGUGACCCACAAGCUCCUGGGCCACCUGGAGCGAGGGCUCCUGCUGCGGGCUAACCAGGAGGGGAUAUUCAUCAAGAGGCUGUGCCAGAGCAGAGUUUUCUGGAGUGGACUGGCCAACGUGGAGUCACAUUACAGCCCCGUGCCUUGUAAACUGGAGAGGGAUGCUGUGGUGAAGAUUUUUGACACGGGGAGGUUCCUUCAAGCCCUGCAGCUUCACCAGGAGGGUCAUUUUCCAGCGCCUGAUCCAAGAGUAACCUUGUGCUUUGGAGAGGAGUUUCACGACCUCAACACUGCCAAGAACAAGCUUAUAAUUGUGCAGAUCACUGUGGUGAAGUGCCAACAGCUGCUGGAGGCAGUGAACUCGCGCCGCCCGCAGACAUACUGCGCCAACAUGGAACUGUGUGAGGACGUCUCAGCAGAGCAGAUGGCCCGCAUUUACCAGGACCUGUGCGGCUACAGCGGUCCACAAAGGUCCACCUGCUACAGGGACAACAUGCCCAUCACCGCCUGAGACCACAAGUGCUUCUUACUACUUGGUCAUACUCUGACUCUCAGCUUCAUCGGAAUGUUUAUGCUUUUAUUAGUGCUUUUGGUAAGCAGGAAGUGAACCCUCUUCAUCAUUCCAUUCCAUUGUAAGACAAUGAAAGCAGCAAAAAUCAACUAAAACAUAAGGUACACCUGCAGUCUAUUCAGAUCCAAUACACAAUCUGGUACCUACAAGGAUGAUACUGUUUGGAGUGACGCUGUCAGAAAGACAUUCAUUAACAUAAUGUUUAUUAUUGUAGUAUGCAAGGGUGUUGACAUGCACCGUAUCAUACUGGGACAUUUUUUAAAGUUUCUUUUUAAAGUUUGUUUCAUCUACCAACAGAUCUAUGCUAAAAGCUGUUGUUGUUAAAUCACUUUUGGGACCUGCUUUGUUUAUAUUUUUGUAGGCCUCGUCACUGUACAUUGAAUGUCAACUUGGAAAUCCCUUCAAUGAGCAUUUUUUUUCUGUGUUUAACUUUAUGAAAUAUGACUGUAAGUUUGUAUGUUAUUCCUGGUAUAUUAUAGAUAGGUUUUACUAUCAUCACUUUGAAAUCUUAAUCUAUAAAUGUUUUAAUCAGUCAAUUCUUAAUA